UCAAAACUGAGUUCGGGUUUGAGCAUCGGAGAAUUCCUGUUUAUUCUCCUGGACCACUUGUGGGUUCGGCAUCUCUCUCUGUGCCCUCUCUCAUCUCUCCACUGCUGCUGCUUACUGUGGCUCGGACCAGAGAGGGGAAGAGAGGCAGUCUACACUGUAUAGCCCGGGGGCUCAAGGCUGUUUGAUGAUUCCGUGAUAACAGCACUCCGUACCACGGGAGCUUAAUCUCCUACCAGCAGCUAACGACCAUUUUGAGAUCGUGCAGCCUCAACCAGUCGCCUCUGGAGGUGGGAGAUGCUGUCACCAUGUUUAUGAUCAUCGACAUCUCAAUUCCUGCAAAACAAAAUAAGAUUUCAAAUCCGUGAUAAUGGGAACUGCAGAUGCUGGAGAAUCCAAGAUAAUAAAAUAUUCUCGUAGUUGCCUUGCCUACCAGCAAUUAAGUAAAAACAGGUCAGGAAAACGCAAGAAAAAACUGAAGGCAACUUUAUUACACUUACCGUUUGGACCAGUCAAUGAGAUGUACUAAAGGUCAUUCAUCACUUCAAGUCAUCGAUAGAACCUGAUAGCUAAGGAUUUUACCGUCGCUAGAUUUGCCCCACAGCCUUCCUGUUUACAUCAGUAUUCCUCUCGGAGUCAUGCAGUAACCUCAUUGUGGAACUGAAAAAAUAGUGAAGAAUUUCAAAGUUCUUUCUUCAACAGUGUCCCGUGAGGAAAUUAGCAGAGGAGGAUCCAAACAGCUUGUUUUGAAUAGUAAGAUAAACUGUAACUUAUGCAGGCACGACUAUGUACAUGUAACUGAGGUGUCCUUUGCAAGAGGUCUAUCUUCCUGUGAACACGAUGGACGACAGAUUUGGGAAUAAUUCAAACUUCUUUCAAGGAGCCAAGGAUAUUGCCUAUGAGGUGAAGAGGCACGGUAGGAUGCAAGACCCCUAUAGACGGUAUGAAGGUGGUGGGGAACAUGCCGCACAAGAUGGGGGAUAUUACCACAGUGAAGAUCCCCACGCACAGGAUGACGCUGACAGUGAUGCCACAGAAGGACAUGAUGAAGAUGAUGAAAUCUACGAGGGGGAAUACCAGGGGAUCCCACACCCGGAUGAUAUUAAGGCCAAUCGGAUGGCAGCAACGCAACCGAUUUCUGACGAGUACAGGGACCAAGCAGAUCUCAUUGCUGAACGUAUGAAGGAUGAGGAGCAGUUGGCACACCAGUAUGAGUCAAUCAUUGAGGAGUGUGGACAUGGACGCUUCCAGUGGACACUCUUCUUUGUCUUAGGUUUAGCACUGAUGGCCGAUGGAGUCGAAGUAUUUGUGGUGGGCUUUGUACUUCCUGUUGCUGAAAGGGAUAUGUGCAUGUCCAAUUCUAACAAAGGAAUGCUAGGCUUGAUAGUGUACUUGGGAAUGAUGGUAGGAGCCUUUGUCUGGGGUGGUCUGGCAGAUAAAAUGGGCAGAAGAUAUUGUCUGAUCAUUGCCCUCAGCAUCAAUGGAGUCUUUAUGAUCUUCUCAUCGUUUGUCCAGGGCUAUGGCAUCUUCCUGUUCUGCCGACUACUUUCAGGAGCUGGUAUCGGCGGCUCCAUCCCCAUUGUUUUCUCCUAUUUCUCAGAAUUCCUGGCUCGGGAGAAGCGGGGGGAGCAUCUCAGCUGGCUCUGCAUGUUCUGGAUGGUGGGUGGGAUUUACGCAUCAGUGAUGGCAUGGAGCAUCAUCCCACACUAUGGUUGGGGUUUCAGCAUGGGCACGUCCUUUCAGUUCCACAGCUGGCGACUGUUUGUCGUGGUGUGUUCCCUACCAUGUCUCACUUCCCUGGUUGGCCUUCUGUUCGUGCCAGAAAGCCCACGCUACCUUCUAGAGAUUGGGAAGCAUGAUGAAGCCUGGAUGAUUCUGAAGCAGAUUUAUGACACAAACAUGAGGGCCAGAGGCCACCCAGAAGCUGUCUUCACGGUUUCCCACAUAAAGACCCCAAUACAAGUGGAUGAAUUCAUCGAGAUUCAGAGUUCAACUGGGACCUGGUUCCAGCGUUGGUUGGUUAGGAUCAUGACUGUGGUGAAGCAGGUGUGGCAGAACAUGCUGCUUUGUUUUACACCAAAGUACAGGAUGACAACUCUGUUCCUUGCAGUGGUUUGGUUCACCUUAUCCUUCAGCUACUACGGUCUGACAGUGUGGUUCCCAGACAUGAUCAAAUACUUUCAGAAUGAAGAGUAUGAAUCCAAACUUAAGACAUUUGAUCAGGAGAGAGUUGAAGACUUCACAUUUAACUUCACACUGGAGAACCAGCUUCAUAGAGAGGGAGAGUACAUCAAUGUCCGAUUUGUUGGGAUUAAAUUUAAAUCUGUGACCUUUGAAGACUCCUUGUUUGAGGAAUGCUACUUUGAAGACAUCACAUCGACGAACACACACUUUAGGAACUGCACUUUCACAGCGACUCUCUUCUAUAACACAGAUCUGUUCAAGACGCGAUUCAUUCACAGCAGAUUUAUAAACAGCACUUUCCUCCACAAUAAGGAAGGCUGUCAGAUUGAUUUUAGUGAUGAUGCUGAAACUGCAUUUCUUACUUACCUGGUCAGUUUCCUAGGCUCUUUGGCUGUGUUGCCAGGAAACAUUGUGUCUGCACUGUUUAUGGACAAAGUUGGAAGGAUUAAGAUGAUUGGAGGAUCCAUGCUGUUGUCGACCAUUACCUGCUUCUUCCUGUUUUUUGGAAACAGUGAGUCAGCAAUGAUUGGAAUGCAGUGUCUGUUCUGUGGGGUCAGUAUAGCAGCGUGGAAUGCACUGGAUGUGAUCACAGUGGAACUUUAUUCCACAGAUAAAAGGGCAACUGCUUUUGGUAUUUUGAAUGGACUGUCAAAGUUUGGUGCCAUACUCGGUAUAUCAAUAUUUGCCUCGUUUGUGGAGAUAACGAAGGUGGUUCCCAUCCUGUUGGCUUCCAUUGCAUUAGUAGGAGGUGCCCUGCUUGGUCUCCGACUUCCUGAAACCCGGGAGCAGGUUCUGAUGUGAUGGGAUUUCCAAACCCUUCUGGACUCACAGUAAAAUGCACAGCUGCUAACCACUGUCCUUAUAGCCUAAAGCAUCCACUCUACCAUCUGUGCUUUCUGUGACUGGACUCACUUGUGCUCUCUGUGCCCUCACCAAGCUUUCACAUAGCUAGUUACCGUGUACAUCCAGAACUUGUUCUGUGCACCUACCCCACAGGCUGAGAUGGGGAAGUCAAGAACUAUCGGAAGGGUUCUUAUUUGCACACUGCAAUUUCCUGGUAACUUGUAGAUCUUCUGCUAACCAUAUAUUCUUCAUUAUAAUUAGGUAUUCCCUCUUUAAAAAAGUCAGAUACCAAAUUUUAGGAAAUUUCUUCCAGGCUUUUUCAUGCUAAUUUUGUAAGGUUUUGGUGGGGAGCUUCUUGAAUCUGGUGCAAACCAUGAACUAGCAUCAUCACCAUCGCAAUUGUGCUUUUACUGGUUUUGGUGAAAUAGCCCUUGAACAUUUAUAAAGGGCCACAUUCAGUCGACAUCCUGACUGUUACCUCCUGAUUCCAGCUUCGGUAAAGCUGCAUCAAUGGGAACUUUGUGUCUCAGUGUGAUGGGUGGACUGAAGCUUGAAGAAUUGUCAAUGCACCAUUGGCUGUAAUUCAUGGGGUUGAAGGUCAUUUAUUAUGCCCCUUGCCCCAGUUGCCACAUGAAGGGCAAUCAGUGUUAGCAUGGUUCAGUUGAAAGCAACUUUAGCUCGGGGGGUUACAGGACAUGCGAAAUGCUGUCUAACAACUGAAAGAAUGGUGGAAGCUGUAAAUCAGAAACCAAAACAGAAGUUGCUGGAAAAGCUUGGCCGGUUUGGCAGCAUCUGUGAAGAAAAAAAUCAGAGUUAACGUUUCGGGACUGGUGACCCUUCCUCAGAACGGAACCAGAUUUGCUGAGCUUUUCCAUCAACUUCUGCUUUUGUGCAAAACGCUGUCCUUUGAAUGAAGCAUAAUUCCAGAUCUUUGUCUAUUUUUCAAGAAGAAAUAUCCCAUGACAUUAACAGAGGAUUCUCCCCAAGUUCUCCUACAACCAAAGCACUGAAGAAAAACAGAUUUAUUGGUUAUUCAAAUCUAGGGAUCCAGUGGAUCUACCUAAGGCAUACCCUCUGCCAAUUCUCUGUGACUCCAAUCUUUCCUCUUUAUCAGUCACUGAUAAUUGCAUCCCAUUUUCAAUUUCAAUGGCCAAGACAAUGAGGGAAAGGAACAUGUGAGGUGGUCUCCCCAUCACCCUCCUCACCUAUAUUUAGGGAAAAGACAAGUCCUCUUCAACAAAGUUCCUCCACCUGGAAGAAAUUGUAGUCCCCAGCUCUUCUGCCGUCAUGAAAAUUCAUUGGUUCCACUGUUGGACCUGGCUCAGAACCCUCAGUAUGGUAUCCCUCCCUGGGCCUGGGUCAAUUGACAAAAGGACCAACUUGAUUAUCUCCUGAGGUCUCAACUGAUUCUGUUUGAUGAUCCUGUUUCAUGUUGUUUCAUGUGCUGCAACAGAAAGCCUUUACCCAGGUGACUGGGUAGUUCAGUGAGUCAGCUGGCUUGGUAUUUCACCUUGCAGAUCAGCCAUUAAGUGCAACAAAGCUGAUGGAAUGCAGUUUUUAUUUGCUGUCUGUUUGCAUGAGUGCUGUUUGAAAUGAGUUUGGCCGUCGGGUAUAGUAACAUUGUGAUUAUAAUACUUGACUCGUGAUCCAGAGGCUCCAAAUCAUCUUUCAGAGAAUAUGGGUCCAAAUCCAAUGUAAAUUUAAAAUUGAUUAAAAAUAGUUUGAACUAAAAGGAAAAGGGGGUUGGUUCACAAAAAAAUCCUGACUUUCCAUGGCACCUUUCACAUAAUGAUAAAGCACAUUUGUUUAGAGCAAGGUUUACUCUCCAUUUAACCUGCAGUAAUAUGAUUCACCUUAAUGAGCUUGAAUCUGAUGAAAAAGAGAAUAACCUUCAGUUUUAUGUUCUUAAGGCAGUUUUAGAAGCAACCUUCUUAGGUUAUAUUGGCCUGAUGCAAAAUUGGCACCCUUUGACUUUAAAUGGAAGGGCUCAGCCUAGUAACAGUGGCAAAAUAGAAAGGAGAUUAUAAUGUCAAAAAUAUGAGGUGUUUCAAUUUUUUAAAAAAACAAUUUAAUAUGUGAAAAGUUGUCAUCUCAUUAUCACUGAAUCGAGAGGUAAUAGAACCAGAGCAGGGCUGAAUUCCGCACCAUAUCAAUUCUGUGAUCCUGAUGUUGGUGAGCAUGUGCUACUUUAUUUCUUGAAGAGAUAUUAAUUGACAAAAAAAAAUUUAGAACUUUUUUCAUGAUGUAUAUGCCCUCAGUGGUUUGCCCAUCCAUUUUGGAGAGCACUUCGGAUUCAGCUGUGAGUCUGGAGUCACGUGCAGGUCAGAGCAGGGAAGGGCAGCAGGUGAUUUCCUCCAUUAAAGGAUGUUUGUAAGCCAGUUGCUUUUUAUUGAUAGUUUUGUAGUCACCAUCAUUGUAACCACCAACAAUUCCUCAAUGAUUUGGUAAUUCUUUUCGUGACUCAUUUUAAACUGAAAUACCACCAGCUACAUUUGAAAACUGCACCUCCAAAGCUUUGGUUAGGCCUUUGGGUUACUAAUCCGGUGAUAUUACUCCAAUGCUACUAUCUCUACAAUUGAGCCAACAAUGGGCAGUUUAACAGACAGUGAAAGUGUGCUACAACUGUAAAAUUCUACUGUUACAUAAUAUUAUUGACCUGAUGGCAAGCACUAAACCACCAUAACCCUUUCUGAAUCUGCAUUGCAGGCAUAUUGAUCAAAUCCUCGACGAACAUGACCUGCCCUCGGUCAGUAACAGGAGCAUAUGUUGCAGUUUACAUUAAGGGGAAUAGAGAAUGCUGCAUAGGUGGGAAAGCAGGUGCUAAAAGUGGGCUGGCAGAGCCGGUUUUUGAGAAAAGGAGGUUCUUUGGGUUUGGAAAAGCAGGAGGAUCUAGCAAUGGAAUUCCAUUGGGUAAUGGGUACAAGGAAUGAUCAAGAAGUCUCCAGGUUGUGUUGGAUUUAGUGCCUUUGUCUCCUUAGGGCAGGGAAGUGAGGAGAUUCAAGAUGAUCAUGGCUGAUUUGCAGCACAAUUCCACAUUCUUGCCUGCUCCCUCCUUCCUUCUUGCUAUUGAAGGAGUCUAGUGAAGUUUCACCAGGCUGAUUCCCUCGAUGGUAAGACUGACAUAUGGAGACAGAUUGGAUCAACUUGGCCUGUACUCAUUGGAAUGUAGAUGAAUGAAGGGCAGAUCUCAUAGAAACAUAUAGAAUGCUGAUGGGACUGGACAGGUGUGGCGAGGGAAGAACAUUCCGGAUAUUGGGGAAGCCGAAACAGGGGAUCACAAUCUAAGAAUAAAGGGUAAGCCAUUCAGGACUGAGAUGAGUAAGAAUUUCUUCACUCAAGAGAGUUGUGAAUGUUGGCUAUUUUCUCUCCCAGGAAGCCUUUGGGCCAGUUCAUGAGAUCUGUUCAAGAGGGAACUGGAUGUGGCCCUUGUGGUGAAAAGGGUCAAGGGAAUAUGGGGAGAAAUUGGGAAUGGGAUACUGAGAUUGCAAGAUCAGCCAUGAUCAUAUUGAAUGGUGGCGCAUAUUCGAAGGGCUGAAUGGCCUACUCCUACCCCUAUUUUCUAUGUUUCAAUGUUUCCCUGACAGUUCAAAAUUCCAUUGAACUUGAUCUUGAACCUGAUAAUGGAGUUUCUGGGGUUGACUGUUUCAAAGAUUCAUCAUCCUCUGAGUGAAGAAAUUCUUCCUCACCUCAGGCCUGAUUGAAAGAUAUGCUUUUUCAGAUUGCUCACCCAAGGAAAACAAGCUCUCUGGCAGGAGUGAAGAAUGUUUUAUUCAUUCCUGUCUGCUUACUGUAUAACCACAAAGGGCUUAGGGCUUAUGGAAUAGAAAAGUGGAACCAUUUAAUUCCUCACCUUGACAAGAACAGAAUGGAAGCAAAACACAAUCUGCAUCGUACUAGGCAGAAGGAGGCCAUUCAUACCAUCAAAUCUGUGCUAACUCUUUGGAAAAGCUAUCCAAUCUGAUCCAUGUCAUCAUUUCUUUCCUCUUAGCCCUGCAAAUGUUUUGUACAAUAUAUUUGUCUAAAAAUGUUUAUAACUUUGAAAUGGAAAAUUCGUUCCAGUGUGUUGCUAGAUACAGCUGUGCAGCACAAUUCCUUUGAGCAAUUACAUCUUGACAAGGAAUAUCCCACUUUGGAAUAAUACGGAACAGUCCUCUAUCAUUUAUGAGCCAUUAAUAUUUAACUGUCUCAGCCCAAACAGAAGCAUUAUCAAAUGUUUUCCUGUCGGUGAGCUUUUGAGUGAAGCUGAACUGCUCGUUAAACCUUGGAUUUUCAGUGUGUUUGCAGAAUGCAGGUUAACGGAUGUCUCAGGAAUAGGUAUAGCAGAAAGAAACACAAUUACCAACCAAAGACAGAAUUUUUUUUAGUGCUAGAAAUUACUUCCAUAUCUGGCAAAGAAAGACUUGCAUUUAUGUAGCACCCUUCAAGAUCUGAGGGCAUCCCAAUGUGCUUUGAAACAAUGAAUUAAUUUGAAGUGUAGUCACUACUGUUACUAGAGAACGUAGCAGACAAUUUUAUGCUGUAGACUCCUGCAAACAGAUGUAAGAUAAUGACCUGAUAAUCUGCUUUAAUCUGCUGAGGGGUAUCUUUGGGCCAGGACUCCAAGGAGAAUGCCCUGCUCUCCUUGAAAGUUAUACUAAGAGAUCUUUUACACCCAGCUGAAAAGACAGUGGGCUCAGUUUGACGUCUCACCUAAAUGACAGAUGAAAGGCAGAUCCAUGCAAUUCCGAAGAAGUGUCUGCAUAACUUCAUAUCAGAAGAUGAAAACUGUUUGUCCCAUUUUAGCUCAUCCAUUCACUGUGACUUUAGGCAGCAUUCCUUCAAUUCUGAAACUAGUUCAGAAACAAGUCGAGGGUUUUAUCUGCAGUUAUUCCCAAACACUGAUCACCUUUUAAGGAGGAAACCGAAAGUUCUUAUUUCAGGCUCAAAGAUGUCAAUAAAUUAUUUUUGACCUGUGACCUUUCACCCUAUUCCGAUGGUUUAACACAACAUAAUUUUCCAAGCUUAGCUUUCCCAUCCCAUUUAUAAUCUCAUAGAUGCCGAAAAGAUCAUUUCUCAGUUGACUCUGAUCAAAGAUGAAGAACCCACAUUUUUUGAAAAUAAUCUCAUCGACAUUGUGAGAUGUUACUCUGUUUUAUUUUUCUCUUUUGCACAUUCAUUGUUCUUGAUUGAAUUCUCGGCAUUUUCUAUUUCUGAUUCACAUUUCACAGAUUCUGCAGUUCUUACUGUCUCUUUGAUUCCCUUUAUAUUCCUUUUAGAGAUUGGAACAAUGUUGUUAUAUUUAGAGUUAGGUGCUCGCUUUGGGGGUGUUGAGUGUGAGUUCUAUCAGUUGGCUGGACACUGCUUUGCAAUGCAGAGGGACCCAGGCAGCCUGUUUGAGGUUGAAAUUGUAUCAGAGAUAAUGGGAACUGCAGAUGCUGGAGAAUCCAAGAUAACAAAGUGUGAAGCUGGAUGAACACAGCAGGCCAAGCAGCAUCUCAGGAGCAUGAAAGCUGCCGUUUCGGGUCUAGACCCUUCAUCCUAAACGUCAGCUUUUGCGCUCCUGAGAUGCUGCUUGGCCUGCUGUAUUCAUCCAGCUUCACACUUUGUUAGCCUGUUUGAGGUUAUUGUGAAAGUCCCGCCUUCUCAACGUCAUCCCUUCCCUGAGGUGUGGUGACACUCAGGUUAACUCUACAACAUUCAUCGCUCUCAAAUGAGAGAGAGCAGACCUUUGGAUCUAUGCUGACUUUAUCUUUAUGAGCUUUUAAGGGCUGACUCAGCAUAGUCCAACAGUUAGAGUGAAGUUUGUUAGAAAUUAAUUACAAAUAUCUGUGUAUUACGCGUCAUAUAAGAUCGAAGACAUAAAGCCCACAAGGUCCCGGGCUCAGGAGAGAGCAACCAAGUUGGGAACAAGGAAGCUACAAUUAAUCUAAAUGCCAUUAGGAUAUGAAAGAAAAUAUCAGAUAAAAGUUUCCAAAUCUGUUUACAUUUUGAUGAUGCAUGUUGGAAAUUGGGAAGAUGUCACAUGAGGAUAAAUUGAGGCUCAACUGUGAUAUCACAAGUUCCUCACUAGUACUCAGUUAUCCAUGUCUGUUAUUGAUGGAUGUCCCGUGGGACUGGAAGAUUGAAGGGAUAGUGAUGGUGAUAGAACCAUAUUCCAGCAAGAAUCAACUUCUGGAGAGGAGGCUGGAGGGAAUAAAAGAAAAUUUUGACAUUUUCUAUUGUAGGUUUAGAAUUCUUGAGCUGGGAAAGCCAGGCAAAGCCAAUAUGGACAGGAUGGGCUGAAUGGCCUCCUUCUGUGCUAUACAAUUGUAAGAUUGAAUUUUAGCUGCUGUUACAUGUUGAAAAUUUGGAUUGAUAACAGAGAAGGCAAAUCUAAGCACAUAGAUCAGAUGUAUUCAGCUGGUUUGUAAGGAAACAUGAAUGAAAGGGUGUUUGGUUCUUGGAAUUGUUUACCCAGCGGGAGAUACCUUCAUGAUAAAACUGACUAAGUCUUUUAAACAGAGGCAGCAGCAGGAAGGCAAAAGUGUAUGCCAAUCACUCACCAGCUGUAUAAGAUUAAAUCACUGCAGAUGGAAUAUGGCCAGGUUACUAGUUUCACACAUGGGCUGCAAGCUGAAGAGUCAAUUCUAUAGUCACAUCCAACGAGGAGGCUUUCUGUGAGCUGCUGGCCCAGUAAGUACCAAUAAAGACAGCAGCAAAAUAAAUCACCCAGAGAGCCAACUAGAACGGUUGACUCUUCACUGGAAAGCAAUGUGACACAGCUUACAUACGUCUAAAUUUACACUGUCAGCUUACACUGUUAAACCAUUAUGACUCACAAGGGUUCAGUAUUAAUUGACUGUAUAUGGGUUGUAAAAUGUAAAAAGAAAAAAAUGUCUGUGUAUUGUCUAAAUGUGCAUGCUGCUUAGCCAUUCACAUAUUGACAAAACAUUCAGUGCAGUAUAAAUAUGUACAAUUUAUAUUCAUUGAGAGAAGUGCAUGCUGCUGUUUCUAAGGCAAGUGAUUGCUUUAAUUCCAUUUUCGAGACUGCCGACUUCAAAAACAUUCACUGCUGGACAUGCAACCUCAUGAAAAGAAGUAAUAUUUUAUAAAAUUAUUUAUUCCAAUAAAAGGCAAUAACAUUUUCUUUUCAAUUUUAGCACUUCAAUCAGAAACCUCUAUGUUUAGUCUUUAAGUGAAAGAAAAAGCUUUACUUGUGAUAGAUGUCUUGUAACUGCUGGUGUCAAUUUUCAUGUCACAUUAGUGAAUGUUAGUUUAGCAACCUUAUGGCGCUCUAUGUUAUCUGUAAAUAAAAAAAUGGCGUAUCCACUUGUCCAAGGUGAAAAUAAAAAAAAUAUAGUUUUCAUGUUUUAUUUGGGUGAACGUUUGACCAUAGUUUCAUCUGACAAUUAUUUUUCUACAAGCUUGUCUGGCUGUUCUUGAGAAUCGGAGACUGAUACUGACAAUCUGAGCCUGUUUUGUUUCUUUGUGUAAUAUUAAAAAAAUACUUUUAAUGCUA